GGGCGGGUAGGCCCCGCCCACCGGCGCUGCGUGCUUAAAGGGGCCGCAGCCCCCACUGGGGAAACACCUCUGAGGGGUCGUGGGGAGAGGGGUCAGGGGUCGAUUGUCUUUCCCGUGUGCUUAUGCCUCAGUGCUAAUAACGGUGAUUUUUUGGUUUGAAAAUGUAACCUAAGAGUGAAGGAAGCGGCCUGACCCUGCUGGGCUCCCACUACUAACGGCUGAGGGGCCUCAUUUCCUGAGGGUCUUUCCGCACCCGCUGCCUCAUUGGGAGCCCAGUCCUGCAAUGGAGAAGUACGAGGUGCUGGAGCAGCUGCAGCCUGGGGCGCUGGGCACUAUGCUGGUGGCUGAACUUAAAACAGAAAUGGAUGCAAAGAAGAAAUAUAUAAUAAAGCAGGUUGAAUGCAUUGAAGAAAAGCAAGCAAAUGAGGCCCUGAAGGAGGCAAGAGAUUUGCUAAAACUUCAUCAUUCAAACAUCUGUGUUUACAAGGAAUUGUUUGUGACUUGGGAUAAUGAGAUAUCAUCUCUGUUCCUUUGUCUGGUAAUGGAGCACUCAGGCCAGGGAGAUCUUUCUGCUGUAAUCAAGGAAAAAAAGCACAAGUCAGAAAAAAUAGCAGACACGGUGAUAAUGAGUUUCCUGGGACAGAUGGUGGAUGCUUUGUUCUAUAUACACACACAAAAUAUUUUCCACAGAAAUCUCAAGCCAUCAAACAUACUUGUGACUGGUGAAGCAUCCUUCGUGCUUAGUGACUUCAGUACAGAAACGCUUAUGACAGAUGAGAUGAAAUGGAAAAUAAGAGUGGAAGAAAGUUGCAAGUCUUGGAUGGCUCCGGAAACAUUUGGUUUUUCUUUUACUGAAAAAUCUGACAUCUGGUCUCUAGGUUGUAUUCUACUCGACAUGAUGACCUGCUCUGUUCUGAAUGCAGAAGAGACAAUGUGUUUUCUGCAGGAUAUCAGACAGGAUACCAACCGUCUUGAGAUGAUUGUGAUGCCACUGCAAAUUGAAUAUACCAGCUCUGCACCUUUAUUUCCAAUUUUAUUUAUGAUGCUAGAGAUUGAGCCCUGCAUGAGGCCCACAGCAAAGGAUCUCACUGAUGACCCUUUUAUUAGGGAAUGCCUGACUGUUGCAGGUGCCUCCUCAGUAAAACUGAAAAAGUCUUUGCCUCCCAAAAUAAUAGAUGUGUUCCUUGAGGGAAGAAUUGAAGAAGUUCUAGAAUUCAUGCAGGCUUUCUGGGAUAUAGAAGAAGUACAGGUUAAAGCCAUUCAGCUCUUUGCCAGUUCUGUGAGAGAUAAAAGCGCCUGGCCCUAUCUGCUGAAGUUCACAGAACUGACCACUUUUGCCAUGAAGACUCAUGUAGAUUCUCCCAAGAUACAAGUAGAUGGUUGCAGUUUAUUGCUUGAAAUUCUUAGUCAAGCUCCAGAACAGGAUGUGGUGAUGGCCCUGAUUGAGAACGUGGCCCCCUCUCUGCUAGACACCGUGAGAAAACACUCGGGAAAUGAAGAGUUACUUUCAUUGGUCUGUACGUUAUUGAUGAUUAUUUCAGCCAGUGAAGUUGCUGCAGAGAAUCUGAGGAAAGCUGGAAUAAUCACAGACCUUCUGAUGAUUUUGAGUGGUUUUCCUCACAAUGCGAAGAUCUGCCUCUCAUGCUGUGGAGUUCUCUGGAGCUUGGCAGUGGGUGCGAACAACACAGACCACGCGUUGCUGAAAAGUGCCGUCCCCGUUAUCUCUGCCGUCCUUCAAGAGCAUCUCCAGAAUGGACCAGUUAUGGAGUCAGCCUGCUCAGCUCUGUGGGCAUUGUCAUUCCAAGGUUGCUUAACUGAAGAUGAAUAUGAGCCCACAACAGCCCUUCUGCUGGAUGCGCUCAGGAUGAACCUGGGAAGACCAGUGCUGGUGAAGAACACCUGCCUGGCAUUAGCAAGCCUUCUGAGGCUAUCUGAAAUACCAGCUUUGAGAUUUAUAACGGAUUCCAAAGGCAGUGGAAUAAAGCUGCUGAAAGAUGCCUACCGCCUUCACAUAAAUGAUCCAGAAGUGGUGGAAAACAUCUGUAUGCUGAUUAAUGAGAUGGUUCAGUAUGAAGACGUGGUGCUGGAUAUGCUGUCCCAGAAAACAGAAGAACUGCUGUCUGAAAUAAAAAGGCGGUUUCCAUCCAGUACGGAGAUAAUAACCCUUGUGGAUGCAACGCUUUUGAAACUGCAGAAAUAAGAGAGAAACUUUCUGUAUAAGAACAAGACUUGUGCCCUUCUGGUUCAGAUAUAAAAGCUUGGAUCCUUCAGAAAUAUUUAAAAAUAUUUUUCUCAUCAGAAAGAUUAAUAUUAGGCCAUUAAUAAUACAUAACCAGCUAUAUAUUCUGUUGAUUUAGGUACACAACUGUGAGACUAACAGCCAUCAAGAAUUUGCCUUACUUUGUAGACUUUAAAAUAUUUCAAAUAAAGAUUUUAGUUUUGUGAAUUUCAGC